UAUUGAAAUUGGAAGUUUGAUUAAAUGUAAUAAAUCUAAUUGUAUGUUUUCUUGAAAAACAAUUCAAUAACUAUUACUUAUUUCAGUGCUCUUAGAUAAUUACUCAAAAUGAUGUCUCGCAACUUGAGGCAUUUAUGUCGGCGAUAUUCAACAUUUCGUACCUCUGAAACUUCUCCAGGUCAACACAACCAGAAACAGAUUGGUUUGUUCUACUCCUUGGACAAGGACCUUGUGAAGCAGCUCUAUGGUCAUGGAGGAUUUCCCAGGAGUUUUAUGAAACAGACGAAAACAUUCACAGAGACUACCAUAAUGGUGCGGCAGCCCGCUCUUGACUUGAUGGACUGCAUCAAGGCUACAGAUUUCAAUAAACCUGUCAACAGAUAUGUCCUAUAUGGCGAGAAAGGUGUGGGUAAAUCUAUGACUCUGGCCCAUUUAUUGCACUUUGCACAUGAAGAAGGAUACCUAAUUGUUCACGUGCCAUGGGUGUCCGAGUGGUUACGGCGAGUGACGCGGCUGAAGGAGAUGUCCAAUUCUCAGACAAAAGAGGGCUUCGUCGACCUGCCCCUCGAUGCGGCGGCCUGGCUGCUCCACUUCAAGAGUCAGAACCACACUCUACUUAAAGCUGACACUCUGAAGACAUCCAAGCAGUAUGUGUGGAGCAAGCGAGAGGUCACCGAAGCAGGCUCGCCGCUGCUGCAGCUCGUGGACCACGGCAUCAACCGCGUCAAGUACUCCUGUGACGUCAUCGAGGCUCUCCUGCAGGAGCUCAAACACCUUUCGACCACCAAACAAUGCAAAACCUUUGUAGCCAUCGACGGUUUCAACGGUUUCUUCUACCCUCUGACACGCCUGAACACGCCCACCAAGAGGAAGGUGAAGCCGGAAGAAGUCACGCUCACUAACUCCUUCUUAGAAUUAACCAAGAGUGACUGGAACAAUGGAGUGAUUGUGGUGACAGCAGACCAAUUGGCUGUACCAGAUGAACAUCAAGAAAGUUUCCUUCCAAAAUAUUUAUUGUACAAAAAGGGUUUCGAGCACCUAGAUCCUUUUGUCCCAAUUGAAGUUACAAGGUAUAAUGAAAAGGAGUUCCUGUCAUGUGCGUCCUACUACAGGGAUCGGUUGUGGCUGCGCGGACCUCCAGAGACCGAAAUGGAAUUGAAGUUCACCAGUGCAUGCAAUCCUUAUAGGUUUAUGGAACAGUGUGCUCCAUUGUAAAUAGUGUUCAAAUAUAGUUUUUAAUAAAAUAGUUUAUAGUA